CAUCGCUUUGGAACACGAAGCAGUUACACGAUCACAAGAUAGUCGGUCAUUCGACUGCGCCUCCUCUUGGCUACCGAGGCUGUACAAAGAGGGGUGACACGGGUUAUUUCACCAUACCCCAGGAAUUCUGUUUUGCCUCCAAAGUCCACAUUCGCUCGCGUCUAAAGCCCUUUGGGGAUAUCCUUGUGUGUGGUGGUAGCUCGAUUGGCUGUUGGCUGUGUGCUUGACGGAGGAUGAGGCUGUGUGGCAUUGUACGGUACGCCGAGACGUGCUGUGCUGCUCCUCAACGAGGUCGGACCGAAGUCGCCCUUGCGGGUUAAAUGCACUGCAUUCUUCGUUUCUAAAUCAUCGUGUUCUUCACUGCGUACUCAAACAAGUUCAUUCCCACAAUGGGUCUCGUCGCCGCCUUUACUUCACCCGCCGACCACCGCUGGGACGCCAGCCUCGGGGGCUACGUAACCACCUUCCUCAUAAAGAACAUUAUCCUCGUCAUCUUCAUCAUUAUCGUCAUUGGCGAAAGCGUCCAGUAUAAAAAGUGGUGGGAUGAAAGCGACAUGGGAAGUAGCUCGGGCGACGGACCACAGGACUUCUGGGUGCGCAUCGGUAUCUACCUCGUCCCCGAUCUUGUCCUCACACUCGUCAUGCUGGUCUUCAUUCCCAAGCGCUGGUGGCAUCCUAUCACUGCGCUCGUCACCUCUAUUCUCUGGUUCGGACUCUGGCUCUGCGCAUGUUUUUUCAACAUCCUUCUCAUCGAGAGCAACGAGAUCCCGUUCGACAACGUGCGUCAGUGGUAUAACUGGGGGUAUGCGGAGGGGACUUUCCAGGCCCUCAUCGCCGUUAUGUAUGUGAUCAUGAUGGUGUUUGCGGCUCAUGCGGUGCAUCGGUGGCGGAUGAGACCGAGCAGGAAUGCUGUGGAAGAGGGGACUGCGACGGUGUUGAAGGUUGUGAGUCAGAGGACGAGUGUUUCGUGAUUCUAGUGCAAGGGGCAGGGACGUAGCAGUGGGAGAAGAGUAUGCCUGCUGCUGUGAGUGGCGAGAUGCGACUUACGG